GUUAAGGCAAAGAAAAUGAUGAGAGCAGCUCACACUUGCGUGAAAAAGUGGACACCCUGUGCUAUGUUCUAGAUGUGUUUAGAGAGGAGCACAAGCUAAAGGAUACUACUCCAUUGGAAAUUGCACUUGACUGUGUGACCAUUGCAUAACGUUUACUCUUAAUGACUUCAUAUGACUCUGUUUGGAAACAAAGGUGUGUCACUAAUUUCUGUUAAUUGCAGAAGCACGCAUUGCAAAGCUCAGUUAGGUCUGCCACCUAUUGUCAUUCGGAAUUCCAAGCAUUCCACGGAUAGAUUAAACUGACUACUUACAGUGUGUCGGAGCGAGCACUGAAAGUCGGUGCAGGUGAAUAUGAGAAUCCAAUGAUUAACUUAUUUGUGGCAUUAGGCAAGUUCUCACGACCUGGCAGAACACAAGGAUGUCGAGAUUCCAACUCCAUCUGGGGAGUUCAUGAGGAAGGGGUUGACGGGCGCAAACCGGUUGACUGCAGACCUCGUCAACAGGCUGCAGAAUUACUAUGGCAUAGCCAUUCGAAGCCACAUUGGUGACAAACCCGGGAUGAUCACUGCCAUCACAGCCAUAUACUGUCACCAUGGCAACGACCACUCCUACUGUCCACCUAGUGAGAGCUCGUGGUGCAAGUAUAACCGUGGCGAUCCCAGCUAUGCCCCAAAGAAGAUACAGCCAGAAGUCCUAGACCUCAUGGAGCCAGUUUUUGAGAGGCUGAGCGAUGAAGACCUGCUCGAGAGGUUGCAACGCGGAGACACACAAAAUUCUAAUGACGCUCUUCAUUCCCUUAUUUGGAGGCGUUGCCCAAAGGGGGUAUUUGCCUCCCUUGAAAUAAUUCGGUUUAGCACAUCUUUGGCCGUUAUCCAACGAAAUGUUGGCAGUAUUGGAUUGGCUACUGUGCUGCAGUCUUUGGGAAUUUUAGACACUGCUAUUUCUGAACGCUUUCUUGAGAAACUGGAUGUUAAGGAGGAGAACCAGUUGCUCAAACAGCGAAGUGUGGAGUACAAGAGGAGAGGACAGGUGCUGAGAGGGAUGAAGCGUAGGGAGGAUGCGUUGUGGCAGAAAGAGACGAGGAGUUACGAGGCAGGCGGUUUUGGGAUGAUUGAGGAGGAGAGUGGAUCAAGCAACUGUGCUCGAAAGAGGAAGAAUAUACAAAGUCGAAUUUACGCAAUAGCAGGAAGCGGUUUGGAAGGUGUGCCAAAGUGGGACUUCCUAAAGUAGGCGUCUGACAGAUUUGAAAGCCUAAAACUAAGAAACGGCUCCGUUGUGGACUAUGAAACGUUGCAAGCA